AUGUCAACUACCUUUCCAGGUCUCGUCCACGAUGCAGAGAUACGUCAUGACGGAUCAAACAGUUACCGUUUGAUGCAGCUUGGAUGCCUGGAGUCCGUGGCCAACUCGACCGUCGCCUAUUCUUCCUCGUCUCCUCUCACUUAUUCUACCACGGGCACCGAGUUCGCCUCCCCGUACUUCUCCACUAACCACCAGUACACCCCACUGCACCACCAGUCCUUCCACUACGAGUUCCAACACAGCCACCCGGCAGUCAACCCCGACGCUUACUCCUUGAACUCUCUCCACCACUCCCAGCAAUACUACCAGCAGAUCCACCAUGGGGAACCCACUGAUUUUAUCAACCUGCACAAUGCGCGGGCGCUCAAAUCCUCCUGCUUGGACGAGCAGAGGAGAGAGCUGGGGUGCUUAGAUGCUUACCGCCGCCACGACCUGUCUCUUAUGAGCCAUGGGUCCCAAUAUGGGAUGCAUCCAGAUCAAAGACUCCUGCCAGGACCAAGCCUCGGGCUUGCAGCCUCGGGAGCAGACGAUUUGCAGAGCUCAGUGGAGGCCCAGUGUGGACUUGUACUGAACGGACAAGGUGGUGUGAUAAGAAGAGGUGGUACCUGCGUUGUUAACCCCACCGACCUGUUCUGCUCUGUACCUGGUCGCUUGUCCCUACUCAGCUCCACUUCAAAGUACAAAGUGACCAUUGCAGAGGUGAAGAGACGCCUUUCACCGCCAGAAUGCCUCAACGCUUCCCUCUUAGGAGGUAUUUUGAGAAGAGCAAAAUCUAAGAACGGAGGACGUUGCCUGAGAGAAAAAUUAGACAGACUGGGACUGAAUUUACCUGCAGGAAGAAGAAAAGCAGCAAAUGUCACACUCUUGACUUCCUUGGUAGAAGGGGAAGCAUUACAUUUGGCCAGAGAUUUCGGCUACACCUGUGAAACAGAAUUCCCUGCCAAGGCAGUAGGAGAGCACAUUGCCAGACAGCACAUGGAACAGAAAGAGCAGACAGCAAGGAAAAAGAUGAUCCUAGCAACAAAACAAAUAUGUAAAGAAUUCCAAGACCUUCUCAGUCAAGACAGGUCACCCCUUGGAUCCUCCAGACCGACUCCAAUACUAGACCUUGACAUCCAGAGACAUUUAACACAUUUCAGUUUGAUCACUCACGGUUUUGGAACUCCUGCAAUAUGUGCUGCCCUAAGCACUUUCCAAACUGUUCUCAGUGAAAUGCUGAACUACUUGGAAAAGCACACAUCGCACAAAAACGGAGGAGCGGCGGAAUCCGGCCAAGGACACGCCAACUCGGAGAAAGCCCCCCUACGGAAAACUUCAGAGGCUGCUGUGAAAGAGGGCAAAACAGAAAAGACAGACUAGCUACAUCAAACAGAAUCUAUUUCAAGAGAGUCUUGCUGCUGAUAUUUUUUUUA